CCCGAUCGCAGGUGUGUCUGCCCCCUCCCCCUGGUUCCGCACACUGUAGCAAUGGACCACAUUGUGGUCUUGCUUUUGGUGGCAGCAACAUGGGCUGCAGCCUCGCCUGCCAACGGCUGCAAUAAAGCGCUCUGCGCUAGUGACGUCAGUAAGUGCUUGCUGCAGGAAGUGUGCCAGUGCGAAGCCAACCGUGCCAGCUGCCCGUGCUGCCGGGAGUGUGCCUUUUGCUUGGACAAUCUGUGGGAAUCGUGCUGUGAAUGUGUGGGGCUGUGUGAUGAACGCCUCCCGUCAGCUCGCCGCCCUGCCCAACGGAGCUCCAUGCACAACUUGAUGUCCCCGGUGCCCUCACUCUUCCGGGCGCUCAUGGCCAUCUCUGACAACGAUCCUCCCAUGGGCUGGAGCAUCCUGACUCUGCCAAUUGAAGAGGAGUUGCAGCAGAACCAUGCGGAGACAAGCCACCUCUUGCUGGGGCCACACACAGGUUUGACCCUCCCCGAUGCCGAGGGCCUCAAUGCCACAGCGCCCCCGUGCCAGUCUAUCUUCUUCAAUGAGUGCCUGUCCAUGAGUCGAUGCCGGACGGCCUGUCAGUCAGUGGGAGCUUGGCGCUACCGCUGGUUCCACAAUGCGUGUUGUCAGUGUUUGGGGCCUGACUGCCUGGGUUAUGGAGGAGCUCAGGCACGUUGUUCCAGCUGCCGGGACUGAUGCUCUGGAUCUCUCUCUCUCUCUCUCUCUCUCUCUCACUCACACACACACACACUGUUCAGAAGACACCUUAAACCUUAAGGCUUUUUUAAGUGUCUUCUGAACAGGGCCAGUGUGAACCAUUCCUAACCAUGGUGGCCAGCUAACCACGGUUUAGACACACCCACUAACCAUUUGCUGCAAAUGGGUUAGUGCCCUAACCAUGGCUUAGCAUGUCAUCUGAACAGGCCCAGUCUUUCUUUCCUUCUGCUCGUGCCUCACUUUCACACUUCUUUCACUAAAUGAGCAUUAAAUAUUGAGGGUUUGUUAACGAACUCACUGUGCCGAAGAAAGACUGUCUUCCUUGGGAAAUCCCAGUGAACAACUGGAGAAAAGAGCAGGGGGUCCCUUGCACAG